AUGCCUAUGCAUGCGGUGACCUCUACGUUGAUGUACCGGGGAAUUUGCACCAUCCCAGACAUCCUGUCUUAUCGUGCCCCCAUCAACCUACCUGAAGACGAGGUGGAAGAGAUCCGUGAGGCAUUUAAGGUGUUUGAUCGUGAUGGCAAUGGAUUUAUCUCCAAGCAGGAGCUGGGCAUGGCCAUGCGUUCUCUCGGCUACAUGCCCAACGAGGUGGAACUGGAGGUCAUCAUUCAGAGACUAGACAUGGACGGUGACGGCCAGGUGGAUUUUGAGGAAUUUGUCACCCUGUUGGGACCCAAGCUCUCAGCAGCUGGUAUGCCUGACAAAUUCCACGGCACCGAUUUUGACUCUGUGUUCUGGAAGUGUGACAUGCAGAAGCUAACGGUGGAGGAGCUGAAAAGGCUGCUGUACGACACGUUCUGUGACCACCUGUCUAUGAAAGACAUUGAAAACAUCAUUAUGACUGAGGAAAACCACAUUAAGAAUCCAGAGGAGUGCCAGGUGGAUAUCGACACUGAGAGUCCGACCCAGCAGGUGAAGCAGACGUGUGUUCGUAAGAGUUUGAUCUGCGCCUUCGCCAUCGCUUUCAUCAUCAGCGUCAUGCUCAUAGCAGCCAAUCAGGUGCUCCGCAGUGGCAUGAAGUAG